CCGAGAGCGAGAUUGUCCCGGCGCGGGGGAGGGAGAGUAAGAGGAAGAGGCGGCCUGGGAGGGGAGGAGCAUCUGAUAGUCCUGUGCCACACCUGCCCACACCUGCCUCGCCAUGGACAGCAAGGGCCGGAAAAUCGUCGUCUGUGAUAAUGGGACAGGGUUCGUCAAGGUGGGGUAUGCCGGCUGCAACUUCCCAGCUCACAUCUUCCCUUCGAUGGUUGGGCGGCCAAUCAUCCGAGCCACCAACAAGAUCGGCGACAUCGAAGUGAAGGACCUAAUGGUUGGAGAUGAGGCCAGCAAGCUGCGGUCAAUGCUGGAGGUGACGUACCCCAUGGAGAACGGCAUCGUCAAGAACUGGGACGACAUGUGCCAUGUCUGGGACUACACCUUCGGCCCGGAGAAGAUGAACCUGGACCCCCACGAGUGCAAGAUUAUGCUGACUGAACCGCCCAUGAAUCCCAUCAAGAACAGGGAGAGGAUGCUUGAGAUGAUGUUUGAGAAGUACGGGUUUGCUGGUGCCUUCGUGGCCAUCCAGGCGGUGCUGACCCUAUACGCACAGGGCCUCCAGUCCGGUGUGGUGGUGGACUCCGGUGACGGCGUGACACACAUCUGCCCCGUGUACGAGGGCUUCACGCUGCCGCAGAUCAGGAGGCUGGACAUUGCUGGCAGGGACAUCACCGUGUAUAUGAUCAAGCUGCUGCUACUGAGGGGCUACGCAUUCAACCACUCGGCAGACUUUGAGACUGUGCGCAUGAUGAAGGAGAAGCUGUGUUACGUGGGCUACAACAUCGAGCAGGAGCAGAAGUUGUCCACCGAGACAACCGUCCUUGUCGAGAACUACCAACUGCCUGAUGGACGGGUUAUUAAGGUGGGUGGAGAGAGGUUUGAGGCCCCUGAGGCACUGUUCCAGCCUCACCUAAUCAACGUGGAGGGCCAGGGCAUCGCCGAGCUGCUCUUCGACACCAUCCAGCGCUGUGACAUUGACAUCCGGCCGGAGCUGUACAAACACAUCGUGCUCUCGGGCGGCUCCACCAUGUACCCUGGGCUGCCCUCGCGCCUGGAGAGGGAGUUGAAGCAGCUCCACCUAGAGAGGGUGCUCAAGGGAGAUGUGGAGAGGUUAUCUAAGCUCAAGAUACGCAUUGAGGACCCUCCGCGGCGGAAGGACAUGGUGUUCAUCGGAGGAGCGGUGCUGGCAGACGUGAUGAAGGACCGCGACAACUUCUGGAUAUCCCGGGAGGAGUACCAGGAGAAGGGGGUGCAGGUGGCCCUGGAGAAACUCAUGCCUGGUGGCUCCUCAUAAGGAAGGCAGUGCUAGGGUGACUUGUAUGUACUUGUUGGUGGUGACUUGUUGAUCGUGAGUGUGGUAAUGAUGAAGUGUGUCCACCCGCUGGUAUGUGUCGUUCCACUAAAACUUCUUCUUAUGUUCUUAUAGUUGCUGUACACUUAAGUUGGCCCAUGAGCCCUGCCCCCUCUUUCAUGGGAACAGGAACUGAUUCGUUGAGUGACAGGGGCUUGGAGUUAGGAGUUAAUGAUACUAUAGUUAGAGAAAAGGCAGGCUUCUGGACUGACUUAGUGUGCAAUUGCUUCAGUACUUAUAUUGGGAAAAGUUUAUUGCUCCUGGAAACUAAAACGAGAAUAUUGUUGUUGAAAAUAGUGUUUGUUUAGCAACUUUUGAUUCAGUGCUAUUUUUUCUUUUCCCUAUAGAACAUUAAUUGAAAAAGACACCCCAGAAAAUAGAGGUGGGGGAUAAAAACAGGAGAAAAUCUACAGAGAAUAAAUCUCUUAAGGGAAAAAACAAGUUCUCUGUGAAAUUGAGUUGAGGCAGAAAAAUUAAUGUGUUGAAAUACAUUUACAAAGUCUGACUGUCAACCUUUAGUUUUUACACCUCAGCUUGAUUUUCCAAAGUAAUAUAUUUUCCCGAUGUGAGUACUGAUGGGAACGGCAUGUACGAAUUGGUGAACAGAUCCUACAUGUGUACUUUGCCCUCCCUCCCUCCCUCCCUUCCUUCCUCCCUUCCAGCCUCCCCAGCCCCCACUGACUCUGCUCAGUGAGGGUGUUGAAGUUAGUCAUGUAUUACAGACACACUGUUGUCCCUGAGGCCUGUUGUUCUUCCCUCCCCUCCACCCACAGACCUCUUCUGUUGGAAUAUGAGGCUCAGACUAUCUGCUUCUUAUCCUGCUUUCUCCAUGAUUAGUACAGAGUAUACAACCUUUGUGAAAGUUUGUAUGUCUCUCGGCCAUGGGAGGUUAUGAGCCAUUGUGGCAGGGGUGUAGCUGGAGGCUUGGGGGCCCACAGAGGCUUAGCUCUAUAAGGGACCCCUCCAGCAUCAGGGAAUCUUCCAGCCCUCCCAUAAUUUUUUGUUUCAUUAAAGGAAUAUAUGUCCUGCGAUCCAUCUAGGUGCCUCCUCCAAUGCUGGCCCUGUGGUAUGAUAAGACAGCCCCAUGACACCUCCCCCUCAGCUACACCACUGUAUGUAGGGCAAUGUAAAUACUUCUGUCAGCAUGAGAAGAGACCAAGUCUUUGCCAUGCUCUCCCUGCUACACAAAUCUUUGGGAUGCUGUCCCCGCUACAUGGUAGUAACUUAUUAUUGUCACAGUCUACGGGGGGUUUGUGAUGACACAGUUGAUGCCUUCACUCUAUGGAUCGUGGCCAGUCUUCCACCUCAAGGUACCAAGGAUGGCUUAGGAAGAAAGGUUUUGAACACUUUGACCUUACUUGUUUGUUAUGAGAGAAUGUGAAGAAUGUAAGGUGUCAUGGCUGAAUGCUUUAUUUAACCUACACAUCUUUUUUUUCUGAUCAUCCAGCAAUAUGUUGUGCAAAGUCAGUGAGGAUAAUGAUUACAUCUUUUUCAGCCAUCAUUCAUAUCAGGAUCUAUAUAGUAAGUGUCUCCUAAAAUAUUUGUUUUCUAAGCAAAGUUGUCAAACAAAGAAAUAUUGAAGGUGAUUUAGUGCACAAACUGUUUGCCUAUGUUAGGAUAAGUGCUUCUGUCUGUGUUGCUUCCUUCAAGUUCAUUUUUUUUCUAUCAUUAACACAUCACAACUAUUUUUCAUCAAUUACUCUUUUUUCUACCAUGCAUCAUAGUUUUUAGGAUCCUUUUUCCCUCCAGCUUUGUAUCCUGCUGCCAGGAGGAACUUGUGAGGCUGCAAUCCAUUCUAGUAUUUCAUAUUCUCUCGGUAAGCCGUAGAAAGUCUUGUUGUAGCACAGUAUGAAUUAUUUGAAAUUUAUAUAAUGCACUAUUUUCAAGUGUUUGGACCAAAAUUAUUAUGACAGUUACAUAAUUUAUAUAAUCCUGCACUAUCUUUUAUGCAUUUAUCUAAGUAAUACUAUGUUAUAAAAUUUUCAACAUUUACAUAAUUUUGCUCUUUUUGAUUAGAGGAAUAUUUUGUUUAGGCAAAAUUAUAACAAUAUUGAGUGUGAAUUAGUUUUUGAGGGGUUUAUCUCCUCCAGCUUCAUUACAUAAUAUUAUGCUAUGCUGGAAUACAAAGUCAUUACGAAACAUCUCAGUAUUCCUUGACAAACCAUAACGUUCUUUCUGUGUCCUAGUAAGGCACGACACACAGGAAGUUUCUGGGUUGAAAGGGUUAAACCAAAUUUGUCAGAAGAGCAACAUUAUAUAAUAUUCAUCAAGCAGCCAUCACGCUACAUAUGGAGAAAGGUUAGAAAGAAUUAGUUUGGUAAGGUGCUGAGGUUAUUUAUACCAUUCUGUGGUGGUAGGAAAUAAUGAGGUAUGGAGUUGUUAUAUGCAGCAUUCAAAGAGCCAGAAAAUAUGACCCCCAUCAAGAGAUACAUUGAUACAAUUAAUCUAGGUCAUUCCAACUACAAGGGAAAUGUGAAUGUGCUUUUGAACACUGAUCUUUGGUCCAGGAAUCACCAGCACUUCCUGUCUUCUAUCACUUCCUUUUCCUUUGCUUUCAUUUUCCUGCCCUUCUCUGCUUUCCUUCACGCACCAGAGGAUAAGGUUUUAUUUCUGGAGGUUUUAGUAACAGAACACUUUAAGGUAUCCUUAAAUUUUCUUCUGCAGUAUUUCUUUAAUGCUUGUUUAAACCAUUGAUAUAAACCAGUGCUCCUCAACUUUACAUUAUUCCAAAGGUUGUAUAUACAGUUCACCAAGUGAUUGGUAGCAGUAUUGAUACUUAGACUUUUUAUUAUUCUCAUAGGUGACUUGAAGAGUUAGUUUAUUUAUUCAUAAGAGUUUAAUAGUUUUGCCUAAACAGCUCUCUCAUACCUAGGCUUGCUUGCUUCUUCUGCUACUGUGGUAUGUGUGUGUGUGUGUGUGUGUGUGUGUGUGUCCCAAAGUAAAUGAUUUAGGUAAAAAUUAAUUACAAAGCCGGUGACAUCUGGAUGCUGGCUGGACUGCUACCUUACCCUCAUCACAGUCAUUGCUGCUUCACCGAGAAUGAGUGCCAGUGGGGUGUGUUCACUAGUUUGUGCACCAUCUCAGCUACUGGCAGGGAAAAUUAGCUUUGUCUUACCAGAGUUGUGACACAUUUGUAGAAGAACUCAGUGUAGAGAAUCUAAAUGAUUUCUUAGUUAACACAUUUUGCUUAUAUUCACGUGAGUCAUGGGUGGCUGAAGUGAUAUGUCAAAUUCAGCAUUUACUAUACUGUCAAGCUUUAUUUUGAUUACUUCAGUUUUAUAGUUUUGUUUAAUCUUCUCUUUUUGUUUACUAGUUGGAAUGGUGCAUACAAAUUUAUGAACAUACCCUACAUAUUUUUAUUAAAGGACAGAUGGCCAUGAUUAAUGUUAAUUUACUAAUGAACAGCAAAGGUACCAUUUUCCCUAUCAUCUUUUUUUAUGAAGAAUCCAAACCUAUUUACCUAGUUUCAAGUCGAUGAACAGGCCUUCUUCUUUAGGCAAUGCAUUCCAGUUCUUUCAUGCAGUACUUUACUUAGAGUUGUAGAGUUUCAUUUUUUCUACAUGAUGUUUUUAUAAUUUUUUUGAGGUUCCUGUUGUCUGAGAAAUUCUGAAGCAUAGGCCAGUUCCACAGUCCAGUACUACUACCCAGGUACAUUCAGCAAAAAAAGUAUCGAACACCUGUGAGUUGAUUGAAUAGGAUCUAGCCAUUGGUACCCACAUAACCAACACAACUCCAUGUUUAUAGAUUUUGCUCAAAUUCUACUCAAUCAACACACAGGUGCUCGAUAUUUCUUUUUCGUGAUUGUACCUUUGUGAGCACCAAAACCAGAUGAUGCCUAUAAGUUUGCUGGUUUUCUUCUGACCACCAAAGAGUGCAGGGAUUUCUUACACAGUAUUUGAUGUUUUCUAGGAAGGCUAACAAACUUGAUACUGUAAAAGAGAUUACUGAAGGCUUUAGUCAUUUAAGUUGGGUGCUUAUGAUUUUUCUUAUAAGUAGUUUUCUAUAAUGUACCAGACUACAGAAAUUUUUUCUUGUAUAGCUAGCUAGCCUCUCUAUGACCACUUAACACUGUACUAGAUGCAUUUGUAUAGUCUUUGGUGCCUGAUAGAAAUCCUAACAAACUUGAGUCAGUUGGUCAGGGCACUUUCAAACAAAGCCACAGAGUUGGACAGGUUGAUUAACUAGGCCUACCUGUUGUGUUGGGUUGUGAAACUGGCCUAUGGUGUUGUUCUUACUUAGCCAAUGUUGUAAUGUUUUCCUAUUUUCCACAUGAUGUUUUUACAAUGUUACUUCAAGAUUCUGAGAAAAAAAAAUUCUUGUCUUAUGGGAAAUUUAGAAACAUUUUGUCUCAUGAAUAUGUGAUUUGAGUAAUAUAAUAAACACUUUAUCGAA